CCCCCGCCCAGCCCUAGGGUCCACUCGGCCGCAGACGGGCGGCGGCCGUGGCCCCACUGCGCGGGCGGGCAGACCGAGGCCCGGCCCGGCCCCGCCGCCUUCCCCGCCCCCAGCGCGCCCCUCCCCGACCGCCGCGUCUGCGGCUGGGCCGCACCGCGCCCGGCUCGGGGUUCCGGCGGUAGCACCUGUGCCGCGGCUGGCGUCCGGCGGGGCACGCUGCCCGCCCCCUUCCGCCAUGAGCUCGGCCGGCGCCGCGGACGCCCUGCCAGCGGGCAGGACUUCUGUGAGCAGCCUCCAUGAGGCCCUGGACCAGUGCAUGACCGCCCUGGACCUCUUUCUCACCAACCAGUUCUCAGAAGCACUCAGCUACCUCAAGCCCAGAACCAAGGAGAGCAUGUACCACUCGCUGACAUAUGCAACCAUCCUGGAGAUGCAGGCCAUGAUGACUUUUGACCCUCAGGACAUCCUGCUUGCUGGCAACAUGAUGAAGGAGGCGCAGACGCUGUGUCAGAGGCACCGGAAGAAGUCCUCUGUAACAGAUUCCUUUAGCAACCUGGUGCACCGCCCCACUAUGGACCAAUUCACAGAAGAGGAAAUCCAUGCUGAAGUCUGCUAUGCAGAGUGCCUGCUGCAGAGAGCAGCUCUGACCUUCCUGCAGGACGAGAACAUGGUGAGCUUCAUCAAGGGCGGCAUCAAAGUUCGAAACAGCUACCAAACCUAUAAGGAGCUGGACAGCCUUGUGCAGUCCUCACAGUACUGUAAGGGAGAGAACCACAGGCACUUUGAAGGAGGGGUGAAGCUUGGCGUGGGAGCCUUCAACCUGACGCUGUCCAUGCUUCCUACCAGGAUCCUGCGGCUGCUGGAGUUUGUGGGGUUUUCAGGAAACAAGGACUACGGGCUGCUGCAGCUGGAGGAGGGUGCAUCGGGGCACAGCUUCCGUGCCGUGCUCUGUGUCAUGCUGCUGCUCUGCUACCACACCUUCCUCACCUUUGUGCUCGGUACUGGGAAUGUCAACAUUGAGGAGGCAGAGAAGCUCCUGAAGCCCUACCUGAAGCGAUAUCCUAAGGGUGCCAUCUUCCUGUUCUUUGCGGGGCGGAUUGAAGCCAUUAAAGGCAAUGUUGACACCGCCAUCCAACGGUUCGAGGAGUGCUGUGAGGCCCAACAGCACUGGAAGCAGUUCCACCACAUGUGCUACUGGGAGCUGAUGUGGUGCUUCACCUACAAGGGCCAGUGGAAGAUGGCCUACUUCUAUGCCGACCUGCUCAGCAAGGAGAACUCCUGGUCCAAGGCCACCUACAUCUACAUGAAGGCCGCCUACCUCAGCAUGUUUGGGAAAGAGGAUUACAAGCCAUUCGGGGACGAUGAAGUGGAGUUGUUUAGAGCAGUGCCAGGCUUGAAGCUUAAGAUUGCUGGGAAAUCUCUACCUACAGAGAAGUUUGCCAUCCGGAAGUCCAGACGCUACCUCUCUCCCAAACCAAUCUCAUUGCCAGUCCCUGCUCUGGAAAUGAUGUACAUUUGGAAUGGCUACGCUGUGAUUGGGAAGCAGCCUGAACUCACAGAUGGGAUACUUGAGAUUAUCAACAAAGCUGAAGAGACGCUGGAAAAGGGUCCAGAGAAUGAGUACUCAGUGGAUGAUGAGUGCUUGGUGAAGUUGCUGAAAGGCCUCUGUCUGAAAUACCUAGGCCGUGUUCAGGAAGCUGAGGAGAAUUUUAGGAGCAUCUCUUCCAAUGAAAAGAAGAUUAAGUAUGACCACUACUUGAUCCCAAACGCCCUGCUGGAGCUGGCCCUGCUGUUCAUGGAGCAAGGCAGAAACGAAGAGGCUGUCAAACUCCUGGAAACCGCCAAGCAAAACUACAAGAAUUACUCUAUGGAGUCCAGGACACAUUUUCGAAUCCAGGCAGCCAUACUCCAAGCCAAGUCUUCCCUAGAGAAUGGUAACAGAUCCAUGGUCUCAUCAGUGUCCUUAUAGUUUUAUGCAGCCCUCCCAGGCUGGAAGAGAGAGACAGCUGGACAGAGCUCCUGGAAACAUUUCAAAAAGACUCCCUCCCCCUGCCCUGCCUUCGGGGUCCACCGGUGCUCCAGUGGGACGGCACAAUUUUCGUAUUCAUGCAGAAGAGAAGCUGGCAUUUUCACCAGUGUGGCCAAGGGCCUUUACCAAGGACAGAGUAGGUGGAGCCCUCUGCUUGCCCUAUCUAUCACACAUACGGGUACUUGUUUUUCACUGUGAUGUUUAAGAGAAUGUAUUAACAGUUUACAUUUUCCGUAGAAACACAUUAAUGGGAUCACAGUUGGCUUAAAAAAAAAAAAACACCAACCACCUGCAAAUCUGUUUUAACCCAUUCUAAUCUGGAGGUAAAUCUAUGAUAUCCAAGACCAAAUUGCUUUUCAAAAUUCAGCAAGGUCUCAGUUUCCAGGGCUGAAAGGAUCCUUAGGAGACUCUGUACCUCAAAAAGCUUCAGGGCUUCUGAGGGUUGGGCAUAGAGGUUGCACAGACACCCACUACCUUAUUCCUACACUUCAUUUUCAUUCCCUUAGUAACUCUCUAAUUAAAAAAAAAAAAAAAAUU